CAGUCUCCGGAAGCCUCAAGCAUUGCUGGAGUCCAUCUGGGUGCAUCCACUUCUGAGGCCACGACAAUCCUGCGGAUGGCCAAGAGUCCCCUGGGGCCUGGCGACUCUGACGGCUGCCCGGGGGUGACGAUGGCCGCGUGAGCAUCGCCAUGGCCAGCCGGAAGCGCCAGAGCACGGCGAGCGGCACGCUGGAGCACCGGGCGAGGCCGGGCCCUGCUCCCCACGGCCCCGAGCCCGGCGGCGGGGAGGCGGAGCUGCCCCCCGAGGAGUACGUGCCCGAGCGCCUGGAGCUGGCCGCCCUGCGGCCCGAGAGCCCCGCGCCCCCGGACCAGGGCUGUCACGACCACAGCCCCGAUGGGGACUCCAGCUCCGACUACGUGAACAACACCUCCGAGGAGGAGGACUACGACGAGGGCCUCCCCGAGGAGGAGGAGGGCAUCACCUACUACAUCCGCUACUGCCCCGAGGAUGACAGCUACCUGGAGGGCAUGGACUGCAACGGGGAGGGCUACCUGGCCCACGGCCCCCGCCACCUGGAGACGGACGAGUGCCAGGAGGCGGUGGAGGAGUGGACAGACUCAGCGGGCCCCCACCCCCACGGCCCCGCCGACGGAGGCAGCCCAGACUACCGGGAUGGCCACCUCCCCGUCCCGGAGGAUGAGGCCUCCGCCCUAGAGGCCCAGGACCAGGAAGAAGGCGUCCACUACUGUCCCAGUGAAGAGGGCUACCAGGACUACUACCCCACGGAGGCCAACGGGAAUGCGGGUGGUGCCUCCCCCUAUCGCCCAAGGCGUGGGGACGGGGACCUGGAGGAUCAGGAGGAGGACAUCGACCAGAUUGUGGCUGAGAUCAAAAUGAGCCUGAGCAUGACCAGCAUCACCAGUGCCGGUGAGGCCAGCCCUGAACACACAUUGGUGCGGGGGCCUGAGCCGGGCCCCGGGGGCUCUACAGAAACCUGCCCACCCUGCGAGGCCAGCCAUGGCCCUAGCAGACACGAGGGAAGGCCCAAGUCACUGAACCUCCCUCCUGAGGCCAAGCACUCCGGAGACCCCCAGAGAGGCUUCAAGACCAAGUCCAGGACUCCAGAGGAGAGGGCAAAGUGGCCCCAAGAGCAGGUUUGCAAUGGCUUGGAGCAGCCAAGGAAGCAGCAGCGCUCUGAUCUCAAUGGACCUGUGGACAAUAACAACAUCCCAGAGACAAAGAAGGUGGCAUCAUUUCCAAGUUUUGUGGCUGUUCCAGGGCCCUGUGAACCAGAAGACCUCAUUGAUGGGAUCAUCUUUGCUGCCAACUAUCUGGGGUCCACGCAGCUGCUCUCGGAACGUAACCCUUCCAAAAACAUCAGAAUGAUGCAGGCACAGGAGGCCGUCAGCCGGGUCAAGAGGAUGCAAAAGGCUGCUAAAAUCAAGAAAAAAGCGAAUUCAGAGGGGGAUGCCCAGACCCUGACUGAGGUGGAUCUCUUCAUCUCCACCCAGAGGAUCAAGGUCUUAAAUGCGGACACACAGGAGACCAUGAUGGACCACGCCUUGCGCACCAUCUCCUACAUAGCAGACAUUGGCAACAUCGUGGUGCUGAUGGCCAGGCGCCGCAUGCCCCGGUCAGCCUCGCAGGACUGCAUCGAGACCACCCCUGGGGCCCAAGAGGGGAAGAAGCAGUACAAGAUGAUCUGCCAUGUGUUCGAGUCUGAGGACGCCCAGCUGAUCGCACAGUCCAUCGGCCAGGCCUUCAGUGUGGCUUACCAGGAGUUCCUGCGGGCCAACGGCAUAAAUCCCGAAGACCUGAGCCAGAAAGAGUACAGUGACAUCAUCAACACCCAGGAGAUGUACAACGAUGACCUCAUCCACUUCUCCAACUCUGAGAACUGCAAGGAGCUGCAGCUGGAGAAGCACAAGGGCGAGAUCCUGGGCGUGGUGGUGGUGGAGUCAGGCUGGGGUUCCAUCCUGCCCACGGUGAUCCUGGCGAACAUGAUGAAUGGCGGCCCGGCGGCCCGCUCAGGGAAGCUGAGCAUUGGGGACCAGAUCAUGUCCAUCAACGGCACCAGCCUGGUGGGGCUGCCCCUCGCCACCUGCCAGGGCAUCAUCAAGGGUCUGAAGAACCAGACUCAGGUGAAGCUCAACAUCGUCAGCUGUCCACCUGUCACCACAGUCCUCAUCAAGCGGCCCGACCUCAAGUACCAACUGGGCUUCAGCGUACAGAACGGGAUCAUCUGCAGCCUCAUGCGAGGGGGCAUCGCAGAGCGAGGAGGCGUCCGAGUCGGCCACCGCAUCAUUGAGAUCAACGGGCAGAGUGUGGUGGCCACAGCCCAUGAGAAGAUAGUGCAGGCUCUUUCUAACUCCGUUGGAGAGAUCCACAUGAAGACCAUGCCUGCUGCCAUGUUCAGGCUUCUCACGGGCCAGGAGACCCCGCUGUACAUCUAGGCCCGCCCAGCCCGCACCACCCAGCCCACCUGGGUUCGCAGGAGCUGGAAAGGCCGGACCCAGGACCUGACCCCUGACCCCACGGCCCACCCAAGGACACUGGCUCCUCUGCAGGGCCUGCCCUCACCACCCACUUUUUUUUUUUUUUUUUUUGGUUUUUGGUUUUGUUUUUUGUUUUUUUGUUUUUUUGGAUAAAAAGGGGUAUGUCAAAGGAGAGUCACAGGAAGCAAUCUCUGUAGAACAGUCCCGUGUUUUGCCCAUUCUGACCCGUUUCCUCGUUGCGAUGGACAAGGGUGUGUGUUUGUAUCUGUGUGUGGCGUGGAGUGUAUCUUUCCUCCCUGAGGCCUUGGGGAGCGGCCGUGAAGGGAGCCCGGCGAGGGCAGCAGGCUCGAGGGUGGGGGUGGGGGUGGUGGUGGCAGUGACUGUCCCCCUCUGCCCCUUUCCCUGGGGUGGGGGGGAGCCCUGGGGUGCUUCGGGGGAAAGGGCCGCUGGAGCUGCUGCAGCCCGGCUCCCAGGCUGUGACUUAUAUGUGAAGUCCGGGAACAUGUGAUUGUAUUUAACCAGCAGGGAGACGCUCCUGAGUUAAAUAAAAGAUGAUGGCUACAACAUCAAAACUCCAUAUUUAUUUAGAUAACAUCAUGGUUUUGACUUUUGCUUUGACCAGCCCUUCUUGAGACUCUAGGGUUGUUGGAUGACCUGCCACCACACCUGCUGCUCCUGUCCUCGCUGGAGGCUGGACUUCGUGGGCACCCCUCCAGCCGGCCACCGAGCCACCCCCCUUCCCAGGCUGGGGCCCACUGGCUCCCCCUCCCAGGGACAAGGGGCAGCGGCCCUCCGUCUCAGACCUCUGUCUGCACACACGCAUCCACACACGAGCGCCCCCACCCCUGCCGCCCCCGGGCAGCCGGAGGAGAGCUCAGAUCGCCGGCGAGCCGGGCGUCACGUCACCGCGAGCAGUAUUAGAGUGUGUGUACAUCAAGUGAAACGUAGUCUAGUUCAGCUCAUUAGAGGUCAUUGUUAACUGACGUCAUGUUGUCUGGAAGUCUCUUUCUUUUGCCCAGGCCUUGAAGAAUACACUGUGACUUAAGAAGCCUUACCAUGCAGUAACUAAAGCUUUAGGAUUACUGUAUUCAAGGAGUGACCUGUGUUGCAUGCAGCCGACCUUAGGAAGACUCGCUAAUCUCACUAAUAAACCUGAAGUCAUGAGGAAAAGCU